GUCUCUUGGAAUAGAUAGCGAGAUGGUCUACAUCAUGGUCUCAGUCUCUCGUUUUGUUGUUAGAUACGAGCUCAUGUUUUGGAAGUUUUAUUUCUGUUGAGAACCUUUUUCUGUGCACAUCAAAACUUUACAAUUUACAAACUGUCCGAAGUAAUACAAUGGUCGUCUUAUCUAUCUUUCUGGCCUUUAUGGGUCAACUGGUCAGUGCUGACCAACAACAACAGCUGGCUCUGUCUUCGGCCUCGUCAGAUUUCUCUCAAAGACUUUACCAGAAAGUUGCUCUGAACAAGUCUAAUGUCGUCUACUCACCUUACAGCAUCCAUUCGCUUUUGACAAUGACGUCCCUUGGGGCAAGGGGAGAUACUGCAGCUGAGAUGAAGAAUGUGCUAGGUAUUACUUCCCUUGGUGAAUCUGUCCAUUCUCUGUACAGAGAGACGAUCCAGCAGUUGAAUUCACAAUCCAACGUCCAACUUCUCACCGGAAACGCCAUUUUCAUCAAUCCUAGCUAUCCCAUAGUGCCAGAGUUCAUUCAGGAGACAGCGAAUGAAUAUUUUGCUUUAACAGACCACAUCGAUUUCUCCGCCAAUGGAGGACCAGAAAAACCAAUCAACGAUUACGUUGAGGCCAAAACGGAACACGUGAUAAAGGAUUUACUAGAACCAGAGCUGAAUUCUUUUCAGCAAGCUGAAAUAAAUGGUUUUAUUGUUAUUUCUAAACCAGGUGCUAUAGAUAAUUAUACAGUGAUGCUCCUAGUCAACACCAUCUUUUUUAAUGGCACUUGGAACUACCCUUUCGACGUCACAAAAACAGGAAUGCAAGAUUUUCAACUGCUAGGUGGCGCUGUCAAACAGGUUGACAUGAUGAGUGGAUAUCAAAUAGAAACAAACAUAAAGACAGAUGACGUCAAUAAAGUUGACGUAGCCGAGAUUGCUUUUAAAGGAAAACGAUUUGCCUUGUACAUUGCACUGCCACAGGAAGUUGAUGGCAUCACUGACCUAGAAAUUCUGCUACAGAAACCUGGCAAGGUGGAUGAACUGUUAACUGGUUUUGACUCUAAAAAUAUCAAAAUAACUAUGCCUAAGUUCAGAAUUGAGACCAAAAUUGAGCUGAAAGAUGUUUUGAUAGAUAUGGGAAUGGUUCAAGCUUUUUCAGAUAAAUCAGCAGAUUUUAGUGGAUUAUCUCAAGCUCAAGUCUAUAUCAGUAAAGUAAUUCACAAGGCUGUCAUUGAAGUCCAGGAGUCUGGCACAGUGGCUGCGGCAGUGACUGCGGCUAAAAUUACUGGGAAAGUAAAACCUGUACCCUUCAUCGCUGACCACCCGUUCCUUUACUUUCUGAGAGACAAAGAAACUGGACAGGUCAUCUUCCAGGGAAAGUUUUCUGGCUAAUUGUUUCUAAUGUAUAGGACUCCGUUAAACCUAAAAACAAUCCACUUUCAUUAACCUUCA